GGGUAGAGAGGUUCCUGCGGUAGUGUGGAAGGAGCGCCUCAGGAAGGGCCGGGAUGCGCGCGCAGGGCCUCUGCGCCGUCGCGACCGCUGGCAUCUGAGAGCAGCCUGAGUCGUCAGUGAUGGUAAAACCAGUGUAGCGCGCGGGCAGUGUGUGUCUCGCUCGCGCAGUAGUGGCCCAGUGAUGCAGAGCGACCAGUGAGUUCAGCGUCUGAGCGAUAUGCUGCCCGCGCUCCAGGGGGGGCUGUAUACCUCCCCUUCGCGCCCCCUCCCCCCUCCUACAACGAUGGUGACAUCGUCUAAUGGGGCGCCAGCAGGUCCCCCGCCGCCCUCCCAAAGAUCUCGUUAUCAGCUGCAGUAUUGCGACGCCUGCAACACGGCCUGUGUCUUCAUGACAGGGCGCCGCCGCAAGUUCCAGGCGCGGUACGAGGGCUAUGUGCUCCUCAAGCGGGUGUCGGCCCCCGCCUGCCGACUCUACCUGCCCUACGUGAUGGCGGAGCGGCAGAACCCCGCGUACCAUCGGCGGCACUCCUGCGGCGACGUCCUCGAUGAAAAUGGCGAGGCUCCCGCCGAGGCCCCUCGCCCCCCCGCCCCCCAGGUCUCGCCCUCGGCGUCAUACGGCAGGUCGAUUUCCAACGGGGACUGGCGGCGCGAUGACCCUCCGCCCACCUGGGGAAAAGUUGUCAAUCUUGAUGACUCGAGUCAGGCGGACCCCCGCCCCCCCACGCCCUCGAACGAAGCCCCGACCUCCGCCCCGCCCGCAGCCAAUGGCGCCCAGGAGCCGCAGGGCCGCAAGCCGCGACGCCACUCGGCCAUGAUGGAGCGGCUCGCCUGCGGCCACCAGCGGCUGUGUCGGAAGAAGUCUCGCUCGCAGGACAACCUGGUGGGGCAGCGGGAGAGCGGGGGCGACGGGCCCCUCCGCCUCAACAACAGCGUGAUCCCGCCGCCCGCAGCGCUCACCUCGGCCCUCUCGCGCUCCGAGGGCAGCAUCCACAAUGUGCACGCCGUCCUCUCCACUGUCCCCGUCAAUGUGGAUGAUGUGGAUGUGUGUGCAGGCGGCCUGAGGGCUGGCGAGCUCGGCCGGCUGCCCAAGCGCUUCCUCCAUCGCGUGACGGGGGAGGUGGGGCAGCUGGUGUUCGACCUUGAGGGCUGGCGCGAGGAGUACCUCGUCCUCACUCAUACCGCCAUCUCUGCCAGGACGACAUCUGGCUUUCUGGAGGUGCUGGUGCAGUAUUCCCAGAUCGAAGACGUGCACGUGGUAGUCCCAUGUGGCACCUCUGGACACAAGUACUGCGUGAGGGUCAUCGUCAGGAACGGAGCACUCCUUCUACAGGUAGGUGUCGAGCUAUGGAAAAAAAGGUUGGCGUGGUAGUUUAUGUUGUAAAAUGGUUACUAUACGUCGCUUGGCCAACAGGAAUUAGAAAAAAGUUUUGGUUGAGACAUCAUUUUAUUAGAUUUGUUUGUUUUAAACCAGAGUGAAUCUGUUGUAUGAACUAUAAGUUGGUAUUGAUGACAAGAUGUAUAUUAAAAGCGUAUACAUAUAAAAACACACACACACACAAAUAUAUAAGCAGAUAUAUAGCUGGAUAGUUAGAUAUAUAGUAUGUAUGCAUAUGCCAUAUGAAUUUUUGUUCUGUGUAGGCCUACUUUAGAUGUUUUUUUAUCCAUAUGUAGGCCUAUGGUCACGUUCUCUUCAUAAGAUUAGGCCUAGCAACGAAAAUUGUAUUCUUUUUCUUUUGUCAUUGAAAUAAGAUUUGGUUAUAUUUAUCAUUUGAUAUCAAAAGUAUACUGGAUAAACUGAAACCCUAUUUAUAUGGUAAUGAGCAAGUGACGUAAACACACACACACACACACACACACACACACACACACACACACACACACACACACACACACACACACACACACACACACACACACACACACAUACUCACAUACACACAUACACACACACAUGCGCACAUACACAUACGCACACAAACACACACACACACUCAAAGAAAAAAAGGAAAAAAAAUGAUUUGGAUUUUACUUUACAAGUGUAUGAACUGUUAAUCUGUACAACAUUUAUAUUUAUGAUUACCUGUCUUUCUUGGACUCAACGAAAUUCCUACGAAAAAAAGGCUGUAACCUCGACCUAUUUAAGUUCAUAAUUACACAUUUAUUCUUCAUUCAUUUAUUUAAGAAUCAACAACAAAGAGCGCAGAAAAAAAACAAUUGGUUAAAA